UCUAUCGAAACCGACCCCUUCACUCAUAUUCUCUCUCUAAAAAAAUUAUCGUUCUCUCUCUAAAAACUCCGGCGAAAUGGUCGCCGUUAAUCAUUUUCCGGCGAGUAUUCCGGAGAUAUAGUCACCCCGAGAUCCGAUCGAAAAACACAUUUUCACCGGCAACGGAGGUAUCACCGCACCGGAUUUUUUUCUCCGGUGAGAUCCGAUAAGUUUCCUUAUCCGAUUUGGAUCCGAAUUUCUAUCCGUUUUACUUACCGAAUAAUUUGCUUCUACUUUCUGUCUCUUAUAUUCGUUACGAGUUAUACGAGGAAGUUUAAUUACUUAGAAAGUUAUUCGAUUCUAUUUUGAUUAGAGUUGCUAGAGUUUUUGCAUGGUUAGUGAAUAAACAAGCUGGAAUUAAUAGAAAAUUGUCGGUUUAUUAAUGGUUAGUUAAUAAACGAGGUGGAGUUAGAGAAUUUUGAUGUUGUAAUUGUUGGUUUAUUGAUGGAUAAUUGAUAAACGGGCUGGAUUUGAUAGAGAAUUCGGUGUUGUGAUUCUAAGUUUAUUGAUUGAUAGUUAAUAAACGAGCUGGAGCUAAUAGAGAAGUUGUAAUUGUUGGUUUAUUGAUGGAUGAUUGAUAAACGAGGUGGAGUUGGUUGAGAAUUCGAUGUUGUGAUUGUGAGUUUAUUGAUUGAUAGUUGAUAAACGAGCUGGAGUUACUAGAGAAGUAAUUGUUGGUUUAUUGAUGGAUACUUGAUAAACGAGCUGGAGUUGAUAGAGAAUUCGAUGUUUUAGUUGUCGGUUUAUUGAUGGAUAGUUGAUAAACGAGCUGGAGUUAAUGGAGAAUUUGAUGUUUUGAAGGGAAAGUGUUUGGUUAUUUUGUGUUUUCACGAAUAAAUUUUGCGGCUUUUUUGUUUGGAGUGUGAUUGCUUGGUGUAAUUGUUAUGGAUUCCGAAAGUAAGAAGUCGAAGAAAGAGUUUGUUUGUUACAAUAAGGUUAACCAUGAGGAAGAUGAGAAGGGGAGUAGAAUGGGGUUAGAAGAAGGAGAUGAUGAUGGUUGUUGCAAAUUUAGAUCAAGUGAUUCACUUCUUCCGGGGCUACAUGAUGAUGUUGCUUUAGCAUGUCUUGCUUGGGCUUCUAGAUCAGAUUAUGCUUCGUUGUCGUGCUUGAAUGCUAGGUUUAAUUCACUAGUCAAGAGUGGUUAUUUAUAUGAUUUGCGGAGGCGGUUAGGUGUUGUUGAACAUUGGGUUUAUAUGGUUUGUGAUCCUCGAGGUUGGGAAGGGUUUGAUCCUUUCAGAAAUAAAUGGUUGAGGUUGCCGAAAAUUCCUUGUGAUGAUUGUUUUAAUUAUGCAGAUAAGGAGUCGUUAGCUGUUGGUAGUGAACUACUGGUUUUUGGCCGUGAGUUGUUUGAUUUUGCUAUAUGGAAAUACAGUUUGAUUCAAAACAAUUGGGAAAAAUGUGAAGGGAUGAAUCAUCCUCGUUGUCUAUUUGGAUCCGGUAGUCUUGGUUCGAUUUCUAUUCUCGCAGGGGGUAGUGAUAAGAAUGGAAAUGUACUAAAAUCUGCUGAGCUUUAUGAUUCUUUGACCGGUAGAUGGGAAAUACUGCCAAACAUGCACUCUCCCCGUAGAUUGUGCUCUGGCUUUUUCAUGGACGGAAAAUUUUAUGUGAUCGGUGGGAUGACUAGCCCUACCGAUUCAUUGACUUGUGGGGAAGAGUUUGAUCUACAAACGAGGAAGUGGAGGAAAAUUGAGGGCAUGUAUCCAAAUGUCAAUAGAGCUGCUCAGGCACCUCCUCUUGUUGCAGUUGUUAAUAACCAACUAUAUGCAGUUGAAUAUCUAACCAACAUGGUGAAGAAGUAUGACAAGGAAAAAAACUCGUGGGAGGUAUUGGGAAGACUUCCUGUGAGGGCUGAUUCUUCGAAUGGUUGGGGUCUUGCUUUCAAAGCUUGUGGUGAAGAACUUCUUGUGAUAGGCGGGAACAGGGGUCCAGAAGGUGAAGCUAUUAUAUUGAAUUCUUGGGCACCAAAAUCAGGGUGUAAAGACGGCAUCUUGGAUUGGAAGGUCAUCGGCGUGAAGGAGCAUUCUGGGGUCUUUGUAUACAAUUGUGCCGUGAUGGGUUGUUGAGAAGUUCAUCCAACCAAAUGGAUAAAAAAGUCACUCUUUUCAACCGUUGUUUUUAGCGUAAUUCCAACACAAUUGUUUGAUUUAUUAGCAUUUGUUUUUAUUUCGUUAUCCAAUUUAACAUCUUUCAGGUGUUUGAGAUAAUCAAUCAAUCUAAGCUAAAACAUCUUCCCCUUUCGGAAUUUGCUUCCAAGUUUCGGUUUUCAGUGUUCGCCUUGUUCAUUGAGUUCAUAUGGUUGAUUGACUGAUCUACAGGAUACUAAAAUAAUGGAUAUUUUUCGUCUUAUGGGUUUGAA